UAAUUAUAAUUGAAUUAUUUACUGAUUGCUUUAUUACUACCCAUUUUUUAUUACUUGUGAACAUACAGGAUGUCGAAGAAAAACGUUAAAAAAUUUUGGGGUGUGGUUUUUUAGGUCAAAAUAAGAAAUAAAGUUUUUAUGGACCUAUGUCUGGAAAUGCUUUCUGAGAGAGCUAGAGCCUCCUGAAAAUGGUUUCUGAGAAACACACAUUUAAAAUUUUACAAUUUUGACGAUAUCAAUAAAAUUUUGACAAGAAUCUAAAAAAAGAAACUUGAAUCAAAUGCAUUUCUAGGGGUUCAAGAAGCACUGAAAAAGAGAAGCUUACAAUUGUGUAAAAUUAGUUGCAUCAUUUUCUGCCAGUGUUUUACAAAGCAUUAGUUGUUAUUUUUAAAUAUUCUUCACUUCCUAACUUCUAAUCACUGCUUUUCUUAAUUUCUAACACAAGUCGAUAACAACGAACUUGACCCCUUCCCCUUGUCGGUCGUUCCUCUGUUCGAAAUAAAUUCUGCCACAGUGAAGAUAAGCAAAAUUUUCUCACAUAAAUAAUAAACCAUUCCUCAAAGUGCCUUCUCAUCAAUAAUGAACGAUCUAUUCGACAAAAUCCCAAUCGAUAAAUCGCGCAACAGGCGAAUAUUCCUCACAAUCGCUACGCCACUCAACACUUACGUACGAAAACCUUAUCUUAUCUCUCCAAGAGAACACACAGAUAAACGUAAAUCAAUUUUUCGUGCAAACAUUGUGAUCCCAAACAGGUGUUUGAGCCCGUCCAUGACUCACAAGACGCUUCGCAAGGCCUAGCAUGCCGAAGGACGACAGCCCCCAGGUGUCCCGUGACCACAGCUUCCGACACAGUUUCCAACCCAAGUCGGCAGCGACGGCCGAAGCCCCCAUUCUGAGACACACACAAUCCCAGAACUAUGGAGCCAAGAAGAAGAAGGUCAAGACGGUACCACCGGCUAUUCCGGAGUUGGAGGUAGUUGAUGGUGAUAAGGGAGGUGCCAGGGUGAGCGUGGAAGUGGUAAAUGACCAUGUAAAGUUAGCGGUGGGGGAAAAUGAGAAGAAGAAGCAUAGUAGAUCAUCAAGGAAGAAUAGCCAAGUUAGCAAUAGGAUGGGGGUGGAUAAUGCGGGGUUUGAGAUGGAGAGUGGAGGGAGGAUUUCGAGGGCUAACAGUGCUGCCAGCAGUGUGAGGUCGUCGAUCAACCCCAGCAUCAAUAGUGUUGUAGUUCAUGAGCAGUACUGCUGUUGCUCUAAAUGGAGUCCGUUUGAAAGAGUUCUUUGUGCCGCCGUUGGUGUUCUAAUUUUCGUAGUUUUAAUUCUAGUCAUUACUGUAAUAUUAUUAGCUGUACGAAGUCCAGAUUCUAAAAAAUCUGUAUUUUCAUUUCUUAAUUAGAAUUAGUAUUUUAUUAUUUUAUUUAUCCUAUGUAUUUCCAAUAAAUAUGCUUGCCUGUUUACAUCAUGUGAUAAUAAAAAAUCGAUGUAUGUGUUAUUGUUGCAGAAAUAAAGAGUAAAGAAAUGUU